UUUAACCGGUGGCAGCUCCCUCUCAGGGAGUCAGAGGGACCCGCAGCCCGCCUGCGCCCUGCAGAUGCACAACAGAUAUACUAGUUUACAUUAACUUACACGUUUUUGUUUUUUUUGUUUUUUUUUUUAAAUAUGACAUUUUAAUCCGUCUUUGAGAAUUGAAAGCUUUUGUUUAGCAACUUCUUCCGACUCGCAACUGCUGCGUUCAAGGAGCCUCCAGAGCUCUUCCUGUCACUGUCAUCAUGGGGAUCAAAGCUGCACUUCCCAAGUAUGAGAUCUAUUUCUACCACAUGGUGCUGUGUCUGGCCAUGUUCUGGGCCACCAGCUGGAUCUUUGAGGUGUCCAGUUCCAAUGUAAACCGAAAGACAUUCAAAACCAACGUGAAGCCAGGAUGGUACUACUUUGGGAGAAAAAUGGAUACAACUGAUUUUGAGUGGAUGAUGUGGUUUUCCACAUUCAGAGAGCACAUCCUGUUUGCUCUCUCUGGACAUGUGCUGUUCGCCAAGAUCUGCACCAUGCUGGCUCCACAGUACAGGUCCUUGGUGUACUUGGUGUACGGACUCCUGGCUGUAUGGACCAGUAUGGGUUGGACCUACGUCACCCUCAUCCUGUCACACUGUAUUCUGCUCUACAGCAUCUCCUUAGUGAAAAUCCGCUGGCUUUGCUUUGCCACUGGUCUUUGUACUCUCGCUACAUUCAAGUGUGAACCUUUCGUGUCCUGGCAGGCAGGUUUUGUGGAGGGGGACUUUGAGCUGCGUCAUAUUCUGUUCUAUGGAGGUUGUGGUUUUACCAUCAUGCGCUGUAUGAGCUUUGCCCUGGAGAAUUGUGAACGAAAAGAUGGAAACUACAACAUCCUGGAGCUGCUCAAGUACAACUUCUACCUCCCGUUCUUCUAUUUUGGGCCCAUCAUGACCUUUGAUAAAUUCUAUGUUCAAGCCAACAAGUCAGACCUGACCAGGAAAGAGCGGGAGAUGUGGAACAUCAGUCUGCAGGGCCUGAUCCACCUGGGGAUCAUCAUUGUGGUGGAGGGCCUCUUCCAUUUCAUGUACAUCCUCGUCAUCCCCACUGACAUGAAGCUGCUGAAGCACCUCUCUGACUGGGCUCUAGUGGGUCUGGCUUACUUUAACCUGGUGUAUGACUGGGUAAAAGCAGCUGCCAUGUUUGGAGUUAUCAAUACAGUGUCCAGACUGGAUCAUUUGGACCCGCCCAAGCCACCAAAAUGCAUCACAAUGCUCUAUGUGUUUGCCGAAACCCACUUUGACAGAGGAAUCAACGACUGGUUGUGCAAGUACGUGUAUGAUCACCUGGGUGGAAAGCAUGAGAAUGUGGUUAAGGAGCUGGUGGCCACACUCUGCACCUUCGGUGUCACCAUGCUCUGGCUGGGACCCUGCGAGGUGGUGCUGAUCUGGGCUUUCUUUAACUGUUUCGGCCUCAACUUUGAGCUUUGGGCUGCCAAGUUCUUCUCCAUGGAGCCUUUUGCUUCUUUUGAGAUGGCAAUGUCAGAAGCGAUGUCCCGCCGGAUCAGAGGCAUCUUCAAUACUUUCAACUUCUGGUGCAUUGUGCUGUUCAACAUCCUGGCCUUGAACAGUUUAGACUUUGCCAAGUUGGUUGCCAAACGACUGCUCCUCAAAGGUUUCCCCAUAACCACCAUCAUCGUCAUGUUCGUGACCUACUGCCUGAUCCAAGUGAUCAAGGAGAGAGAGAGGAGACAGGCCCUUAUCGAUGACCCUGAUCCUCUCCCUCCUGCCCCCCCUCCGACCGCCGCCAGCAGCACAACCACCUCUGCACCUGCACCCGCUGCCGCUCAGCCUGUCGCAGAUCCCAGCAAGGAAAAAGCAGAGUAGAUAUCAGCUGUAGGAUAUAUGCAGCCAAAGUAGCGUUAUCACAGUGUUAUCACCAGUCUAGAUUUUAUAAUGUGACUUUUGAAUGGAUGCUCUGUUUCUGCUGAUGUAUAAAACAGCAUUAACUGUAAAUAAAGUUUACCAACUGUUUACCAACCAAGAGAAAAAAUAGACCUUAAUGAAAUACAUUUACUCAAAACUACAUUUUUUCUGAAACCUCUGUCAUUAAUGCAAAAAAAUAAACUGCAAAGAUUUGUUCAAACUU